GAGGGCAAUAUUGGUAGGGGAGCUGGUUUUAUUACUUUCAGACUUAACCCAAAGUGUCUACAGGAAGCACACUUAUGGCGGAUGCGUUGCCCAUUGAUUUGAUAUUAUGAUGUUGAGUUUUAUCAGCCACAACGAGUUAUGACACAGUUUGGCUUAUUUCAAGAGACCCCGCCGAAGUACAAGGACACUUUGCUACAUUUGCAUAGUCUUGACAAGAUGAAGCAGAAGAGUAUAAAAAAAUGGGAUCGAGAGCAUGACAUGUAUAUCCAGGAGUUCAAGCACAAGCUCAAUAAGAUUGAGCUUUCAUUGCGUCAACCGACUUCUAAGCCUCCCCGACGGCCUUUUGAUACGGAAGCAUUCAACAAUUAUCUUGUGUGGUUUCGUUCCAUUGCCCGUACUCAACUUAACGCACCCACAUUUCAGCCAGGGGACAUAUUACAUGAACCCAAUCCAGGUUUUGAUCGGAUGGCCAAUAUGGAGUACAACAGGCUUAUUAGAGAUGGUAGACGGUAUGAAUCGGCGCCAACUAACCGCUUUGUGCAAAACGAGCUCUCGAAGCAUGUCAACGACGCCGAUGAGGCACUCAAGUACCCUCCAGGUGAAGAGUCGUACAAUAAGCUUAAAGCUUUUGUUGAGCGGAGCAAGUCUUGGGCACGUGGCCUUGGUGCUCUACUAGGCUGCUGUUCCACCGAUGUCGCUGUCCCUACAACUUCGAGGUCAAGAUCAUCAUCAAGCGGCACCCAGCAGCAAGGCGAAGAAUCAGUUGAUGACAUGGAGGAGGAGGGGGAUGAACAGACGCAUGAUGAGAUUAACACCUGCAGAUGCCCGAUGCGCCUUAGCCUAGUCAAAGGCGUGGAAAGUAUACUCCGGGCAAAUAAGUAA